AUGAUUGACCUAAGCUUCCUAACAGAGGAGGAACAAGAGGCAAUAAUGAAGGUGCUGCAACGGGAUGCAGAGCUUAAAAGAGCUGAAGAAGAGAGAGUCAGGCAUUUACCAGAAAAAGUCAAAGAUGAUGUUCAGCUAAAGAAUAUGAGUGGGCAGUGGUUUUAUGAAGCAAAGUCGAAGAGGCACAGAGAUAAGAUACAUGGAGCAGAUAUUAUUAGAGCUUCCAUGCGACGGAAGCCUUCCACUCUUGCUGAAGUGAGUCAGAGCAAAUCAAACAAAGUAAAGAACAGCUGGGUGAGCAAUGUUAAUAAAGAAGUCUUUGUGCCACCAGAACUACAUGGCAUUGUGGAGCAUCAAGAAGAACAACAACAACUGAAAUCUAGUUCAAGUUCUAAACCAAUAACCUCUGUGUUAGAAAAAACAGAGGAAAGACCUAUGAAGGCAGCAGUCUCACCAGUAAAGCAAAGGAGAAAUCCAUUUAAUUCCACUGCAUCAGGUGAUAACUUGAACAGUGGGGGAUCAGAAAACAGACCAGCCAUUCUACCUCAGCUAUCAAAUAAGGAAAUGUUGUCACUCUCAGAAGAGAGCCAACCUAAACCAAACUUGCAAAAUGAUGAAACAGAGAAACGUAAGAAGCCUUCUGUAGAACCUACUGAUGAAUCACAGAAAGGACUAGUUAAGCGCCCUGUCCCAAAAGCUAGGAAAUUAAUUCAGAAAGCAACAGAUCCUGUGUCACAAAGAGAAGACUUUGUUCCAAAACCAGCCAAACGGACCGAGAGGAUUAAUGGCAUUGGUACACAGCCCAGGGGCAUUCUGAAGCGCAGUUCAAGUUCAAGUUCCACUGACUCAGAAGUUCGUGUUAGUCAGAUGUUAGAUGUUCAGAAAAAGAACGCUCUUCCUGCUGCAACUAUUUUUGAAGGAGAAAUUGAGAAGAACUCUCUUACAGAAGAAAUGGAAGACUCCACGCAAAUUUCACUGGAAAAACUAAAACAAGUGAGGUUCUCAUCUAGCACAGGUAAAGGAGAACCUCUGCAAAGCCCACAGCUACACCAUGGUAGAGAAAAAGGAGAGUUUGAUUUGUUAGAAACGGACGAAAUGAAGAGUAGUGGAAAUGAUGCGAUUAGAUCAGAUUCAUUUGGGAAUAAGCAAAUUCCUACUGUAAAGCCUUUGGGAACCUAUUCAGCUUUACAAGUAAAAACAACAGAUGACUUACAAGAUGAUACAUCGGCAUCCGGUCCUUGUGACCCUAAUAGGUCAGUCUUCCUGGUUAAUGAAGCCUUGCAGACAAAGACAGUUACUCCUAAGACGCCUGAAACUCCACAGAAGACCUCCAGCAAUAUGCUGCCAAAUAGCAAUAAUGAAGUGAGUGUUGAUGAAACACGUGAAAAUAAAGCCAACCAGUUCUUGAGCCAUGAAUCAAAGUCACACAAAAACUUUACUGAUGAACAUCAGCUUUCUGCUAAGACAGAAGUACAUGAGGUGUCAAAUACCAAUUCUACAAGUCUUCCACAAGGUAAGCCUGAUCUUGUUGAGGAGCAAGAUGCUAAAACCACUUUCAAGCCUGACAAACAUGCUGAUGAACUCAUGAAAGUGGCCGAUGAAUCUGUAUCAAAAGUUUUAGAUUGGUUUAAAAGAAGUUCUGGUAUUGAAGAUACGAAGCAUGUAUCAGCUAGAUCCCAAGGCAGGGAACCCAAAGAGGAAGUGGACUUCUCAACCAGAGCAGCAGUUCUUCCUACAGAACACAGUGGGCCUAGCAUGGAUGGGAAAACAGAAGCUACAGAAGAGUUACCAUUUAGAAAGAUUAAACUACAGAACAGUAUUUCACCUACAUCAUUUAUUUCAGAAGAUAUACAGCUGAUAAAAGAGAGUAUGAAACCUAAGAAAGGGGAAAAGAAUGAGAAGCAAAAUGACAGAUCACUAACUGAAUUUGACUGUACAAGAGUUGAAGAAAAAGAACAUGGUCAAGAUAUCAAGCAACAAAAUCAAAAAUCAAAUCUCUUGGAACAUCAAGAACACAAGAUACCAGCUCAGAAAUGUGAAUCGGAGAAGGCAAUAGAAGAAAAAAGAAGAGAGAUCAGAGCAUUCUGGGAAAGGGAUAAAACUAUCCCCAGUCACAGAGAGCAAGAAUUUAGUAUCAAUACUAAUGCAUCUGGUGGCGGUGCAUUGAAAGGUCUCCGAGAAAGUGAUAAAAUAAAACCAGCUGCAGUAUACCUACCUAAUGGAUUGGACGAUCAAAGCAAGAAUAUGUUAAGAAGUGCUGCACUCAGUUGUGCAAGCCAGGCUUCAAGGAAUGAACAUCAAAACUCUGAGUUUGGACCAGGCCAUGCAGUUGAAAAGCCAGAAAGAACACUUCCGUCUGAUGGUGAAGUUCAUGAAUAUACAGAAUUACCAAAAGCCAGUAACUUGCAACGAAGUGUUGAUACCGCUUCAGCUUCCCCAGAAAGCAAAGACAAAGAUGAGAAAGAAACACUUAAAGGAAAAGUUGCUGCUUGUUCCCAACAGAAGCCCAGCUUCCAGGUUUUGUCUUUAAAAGAAAAAAUGAAUCAAAAGUCCGAGAAUCAAAUUUCAGAUCCUUCACGGUUCCAGAGUUUGAGAAACUUCUGGGAUACCGGAGUUAAAUUACAGAGUAGCAUUGAUAGGGGAGAUGUUUCUUUGCCAAAUAAUAGUAGUCCAAUAACCUAUGAAAGAAAAUCAGGGGAAUAUAAAGGCAGAAAUAAUGUGAGCAAGCAUGAGUUAAUUCAACAACAAACCCAAACAUCUGAGAGAGGAAAAACACAGAAACUAGAUUCUGUGUUAUGUGAACUGCCUUUAGGAUUUCCUACCCUGAAAGGUCUGAAUGUGACACACACAAAAAAUACAGACUCUGCCCAGCUGGACAGAAAACCAGUUAUCUCAAAACCCCAGGAAAAGAUGGGACUUCCAGAGCAAGAAGUUAAAGAACGUGUAGAAAAAAGUGUUGUUUCAUCAAAAGAACAUCAUGUUUCCUUACAGUUGCUCCAAUCACCUGGUGAUAAAGAUGCUUUAAAGGAGACAGCAGUAGAUGACUGGCUAUGUUUACCUAUAGAAAAAGUGGAGAAUAAGACUACUCCAUCAGAUAUCAGUCUUCCUAAAGAGGAAGCUAAGCUUGAUGUAUUUAAACUAGGCCUAAAGAAAGGUUCAGAAGAAGAAUUAAACCCUGUUUUGAUGGCUUUGAAAAGGAGUGCAGAUAGGAAAAUGCCUUCCAAAAGUCUAGAGGACAUUCCAUCAGCCACCUCAAAUAAAGGAAAAAUAAAUAAUCCAAAGGAAGAACUAGCUCUUAGUGCUGAAGAUGUUUCCACAGUGCCUUCACAGCCUGAGAAGCUGUUUUCCAAUCCUGAAAAACUCAAAGGACUGAGCAAGUCAGUACCAUCAUUCCUACAGGAAGAGAGUGAUGACAGAGAGACAGAUACAGCAUCAGAAAGCAGUUAUUCCCUUGGCAGAAUCAAGAAGAGUCCCAGCUCUCUAACCAAUCUUAGCGGCUCUUCUGGCAUGGCCUCCUUGUCCUCUGUGAGCGGAAGCCUAAUGAGCAUCUAUAGUGCAGACUUCGGCAAUGUUGACGUGAAGGGGAACAUUCAGUUUGCUAUUGAUUAUGUAGAACAGCUGAACGAGCUCCACAUUUUUAUUUGCCAAUGUAAGGACUUGGCUGUGGCAGAUGUUAAGCGACAGCGUUCAGACCCGUAUGUAAAGACCUACCUGCUUCCAGAGAAAUACAAGCUGGGCAAACGGAAGACCUCUGUGAAAAAGAAAACUUUUAAUCCAGUCUAUAAUGAAAUACUGCGGUACAAAAUUGAGAAGGGUUUCCUAAAGAACCAAAGCCUUAAUAUCUCUGUCUGGCACAAUGAUACCUUUGGGAGGAAUAGCUUCCUUGGUGAAGUGGAGCUGGAUUUAGGAACCUGGGACUGGAAUGAUAAAUCCAACAAGCAGAUCACCUGGUUUCCACUCAAGCCAAGGACUUCAACAAUGGCUCUUGAACUAGAAAACAGAGGGGAGAUGAAACUAGCCCUCCAGUAUGUCCCACAUCCUGUUGGAGGAAAGAAGACUCUGCCUACUGGUGAGGUCCACAUCUGGGUGAAGGAAUGCCAUGACCUUCCUCUUCUGAGAGGCAACAGGCUCAACUCUUUUAUUAAGUGUACCAUUCUUCCAGAUACUAGCAGAAAAAGUCGCCAGAAAACAAGAACAGUGGCAAAAACUACAAACCCAGUAUUCAACCACACCAUGGUCUACGAUGGCUUUAGACCAGAAGAUUUGAAAGAAGCCUGCAUAGAACUCACAGUCUGGGAUCACAACAAACUAGCCAACCACUUUCUGGGAGGUCUCAGGAUAGGCCUUGGAACAGGCAAAAGCUAUGGAACUACAGUAGACUGGAUGGAUUCUUCUUCAGAUGAAACUGCCCUUUGGGAGAAGAUGAUGAACUCGCCAAACACAUGGAUAGAAGAUACACUGCCUCUCAGGAUGCUAAUGGUUGCAAAAUUGACAAAAUAA